AUGGCUUCGGUGUCAUCCUUGUUAGGACGCAGCCCUGGAGAUUCAAACAUCAAUCGGAGUGUGCAAACUUGGAACUAUGUAUGCCAGUCAUUAUGCAUUAUCGGCAUGACUGUUUGCUUUGGUCUCCGGGUGUAUACUCGUGCGGUUAUCCUUAAUGGGUUCAACAAGGAAGAUUUGAUGUGUGCAGCUGCUUGGCUACUUGGUACUGGCUACUCAGUUAUUGCCAUGAUCAUGGGACACUAUGGAGGAGGCCUUCAUCUUGACGAUGUCCCCCCUGAAAAUGUCAUUCCUUUUGAAAAAACCGUGUACGUGACAAUGGUUAUGUACGGUCCAACAGCCUACCUCACCAAGUUCUGCCUCUUGUGGAUCAUGACCCGUGUGUUCAGUCCUUUCCGGAAAGCCGUCAUCUUCAUCUACGUAUUCAUGGGUGUCAUGCUUGCCUACUAUAUUCCAGCGGUAAUUGUCAAGAUCCGAAUCUGCAAUCCUAUCGGCAGAUUUUGGAACAAAAAUAUCCAGGGCACAUGUCUCAAUGAAACAUCCAUCAUCCUGGCUGAUGCCGUCGUGAGUAUGGUCAGCGACUUGAUCAUUCUCCUCCUUCCUCUUCCAUUAACAAUGAGCUUGCAAAUGCCCAAGAAGAAGAAAAUGCGGGUCAUCGGUCUCUUGGGAGCGGGUGGUCUGGCUGUGACGGCUAGUGUUAUCCGCCUGGCGCUCAUUGUCACCACUGGGCAGUCCAAGGACGCCACUUAUGCCUUUAUGAGAAUCAACAUGCUUGGAAAUGCCGAAGUCGCCAUGGGUGUCAUCUGCACCUGUCUUCCCGCCCUUUCAGCCCUCCUGAUUCGAGCCUACCACGAAUAUUCAAGCAAUAAAGCAACCAGCACAUCCAAGUACAGGUUGAGCACAAUCCAAACCCAGUCAAAGACUCAGCGGAGCAAGCAGAAAAUGAGUGUGCUGGAGGCCGAAACCGAUGAGGAUGUCCUCAUGUACAAUGCCCAGGGCAACCCGCGGGUCGAGACAACUGUCCAAGGCGAUACCGAGCGACAGGUGGAUCUAAGAGGCUCUCCAUUCCUAGGUGGUAUUGGUAUAACCAGGACUGUUGACGUUUCAACCUCCGUCGAGACUCGAUAA